AUGAACCCUCCCGAGUUUCAUGGUGAUUCUGACCCUCUUAAGGUUCACGAUUGGCUUACUAGUGUUGAAAGGAUUUUUGAAGUGACUCCAUGUUCAGAAGAAGACAAAGUGGUUUGUGCUACUCAAGUGUUACGUGGACCAGCUGCUCGGUGGUGGACAAAUGCUUCCGCCAGAAUGACUACAUUAGGAAUUGAUAAGACUUGGGAGCAUUUUAAGGCGGCCGUGUUGGAAAAAUACUUUCCAGAUAGUAUGAGGGCUCAGAAGGAACAAGAAUUUCAAAUGCUACGCCAAGGCUCCAUGACGGUGGCUGAAUUUGCGGCAAAGUUUGAAGAUAUGGCAACUUACUCUAGUCAAGCUCUCUACGCCCCGGAUGAACGAUGGAAGAUUAACCAGUUUAAGAUCGGACUCCGUGGAGAGAUAGACUAUUGUGUGGGACAACAACGUUAUAACACUUAUGCUGAAUUACUUGAACAAUGUUACAUUGUGGAGCAAAGCCUAAAGAAGAUCCAGCAAGAGAAAGAACAAGCCAAACCAAGUUAA